CCAGGUUCGUCCAGAAUGUUCGAGUUCCUCAGGGACGGGGCUAGCCCCAGGUGUUUUCAGGAAAGGUGUGGCCGUGGCCUCCUGGAUCCCGUCGCUGUCGGCAGUCGCGCAGACCCAAGGCCCGCUCCCCAGCGCCCUUCGCCGCGCGGCACACUUUGCACCUUGAUCCAUAGCUCGGGGCUGGGCCAUAACCCUGCCUCCCGCAGCCCCGCCCCUGGCCCCGUCGCUCGCCGUCGCCAGGGUCUCGGCCUCAGCCAUUGGCUGCGCUUUAGCCCCGCCCCUACGCCUGCCUCGGCGCGCCCCGCCCCGGCCUCAGUUUCCCGGCCCGCACCGGGCGGGCCAGGGGCGGAGCCCGGCUCAGACCACGCGGGGCGGGACCCGGAGCUGACGCGGCCGCCCCGCCCCCGAGACCAUAACCGGCCGCCGCCGCCACCCCAGACCGAGCGCGGAGUUCAGGAGGCUCGGACCCGAGUUCGCCACCGGGCGCCCCGCCUGCCGCCCGCCAUGGCCGCACCCCGCGGCCCGCGAGCUCUGGCGGCCGCCGCGCCCGCGUCCGGGAAGGCCAAGCUGACGCACCCGGGGAAGGCGAUCCUGGCAGGCGGCCUGGCGGGCGGCAUCGAAAUAUGCAUCACCUUCCCCACCGAGUACGUGAAGACGCAGCUGCAGCUGGACGAGCGCUCGCACCCGCCGCGGUACCGGGGCAUAGGGGACUGCGUGCGGCAGACGGUCCGCAACCAUGGCGUCCUGGGCCUGUACCGCGGCCUCAGCUCCCUGCUCUACGGCUCCAUCCCCAAGGCGGCUGUCAGGUUCGGAAUGUUCGAGUUCCUCAGCAACCACAUGCGGGAUGCCCAGGGACGACUGGACAGCACGCGCGGGCUGCUGUGCGGCCUGGGUGCCGGCGUGGCCGAGGCCGUAGUGGUCGUGUGUCCCAUGGAGACCAUCAAGGUGGGGAAGGUCUUGGUGAAGUUCAUCCAUGACCAGACCUCUCCAAACCCCAAGUACAGAGGAUUCUUCCACGGGGUUAGGGAGAUUGUGCGGGAACAAGGACUGAAGGGGACGUACCAGGGCCUCACAGCCACCGUGCUGAAGCAGGGCUCGAACCAGGCCAUCCGCUUCUUCGUUAUGACCUCCCUGCGCAACUGGUACCGAGGGGACAACCCCAACAAGCCCAUGAACCCACUGAUCACUGGAGUCUUCGGAGCUAUUGCGGGCGCUGCCAGUGUCUUUGGAAACACUCCUCUGGACGUGAUUAAGACCCGGAUGCAGGGCCUGGAGGCGCACAAAUACCGCAACACGUGGGACUGUGGCUUGCAGAUCCUGAGGAAGGAGGGGCUCAAGGCAUUCUACAAGGGCACUGUCCCCCGCCUGGGCCGGGUCUGCCUGGAUGUGGCCAUAGUGUUUAUCAUCUAUGAUGAGGUGGUGAAGCUGCUCAACCAAGUGUGGAAAACGGACUAAGCCUGGAGGGCCACAAGGGGACUGCCCCAGGCACCUCCCGAGUGCCCUACCACCCUUGUCGCACAUGAAUCCAGUGCAGUAGUGCCAAAAGGCCCCUUCCCACGUCCCUCGAACUCUGUGGUCUGGUCUGUGCAUUGUGGCUGUCAAAUCCAUGUGUCCCAUAAUGCUGUGUCCCCACUGUGGCCUGUGACACCACCACUGUGCCCCAGUGUCUGGCCCAGCCAUGGCUGGGUGUACAUCUGGCCUGUGACCCUGUGCCCACUUGUCCAUAUGCUUACUGUGAGCACUGUGCCUGUGUUUCACGUUCUGUGUCAUGUGACCCUGUGCCCCGCCUCCCGGGGUGCCCGUGUGGCCUGGGUCCUCGGCCCUGUAGCCCUGGCCCGGUCCCAGUCCGGUGCCUUCCACCCUGCCCCGGCCUACCACAGCUGCCUCCGGGCCUCGGCCUGGCUUCACCGCAUUCCAGGGGCUGCAGCCCCCGCUUCUCCCGCCAUUGGCCUUAACUGGCCCUCGGGCCCUCCCUCCACCCAGGACAGGGUGGCACCCGCCACUCUCAGGACCACCCUGCCAAGGCAGAAUAAACCGGAUCCUGUUACA